CUGUGUGUGUCCCCAGAGCUGUCCAGCAAACCACAGCACUGAGAAGUGCUUAUGCAAGGCAGGAUGACAAAAGAUCCUGGGCUGGAGGCCUGGGAGUCCUUCUCAGGUGUCAGAUGAGGAAAGCUCUGCUUGUUUUUCUCUGUCAGGGCAAGGAACAGAAAAAGAGCUUUGGGGCUGGACAUUUGGAGGACUCAGCCAUCCCAAGGGAUAUUGUGACGCGUGGAGGGACCAAACUGCUGCUGCUGCUGGUGCCAGGAAGCUCCGAAUCCCAGGCUGCUGAGUGCAUCCUCCCACCAGUGACUGGUCACAUCCCCUCUGCUCGGUUCUGUCCCCUGCACGACCUGCAGGAAGGGACCCUCCCACUCACCUCUGCCUCCUUUCUCUUCCCCACAGAGCUGCGACUCUGCAGGCGACUCCCAGGCAUGCGGAUCCUGCCCGUCCUCUGUGCUCUGCUCCUCCUGGCGCUCCAGGGAGUGACAGGGCUGUCCCCGUUUGGACCAUCAGUCCAGGCGUGCGAGCGCCGCGGGGGAUUCUGCUCCUACCGCUCCUGCCCGCAGGGGAUCGGCCGCAUCGGCCUCUGCUCCGACCGGGAAUUCUGCUGUCGGAUGCGCUGGUAUCCCUGAUGGGCUCCUGGAUCCCCGAGCAGGACACCAGCCCGUUGGGAUGAUGCUGCCCGGAGGCACCAAGCACAGCCAGACCUGGAUCCCAUGGGAAUCUCAUCCCCCAGUGUCCCCAAUACAAGGUGGUGGUCAUUGCCACUGCCAAGAUGUGUA